AUGGCCGCGCAACCACCCGCACCUAAGAGUGGGCUGUCUUUAUACGCGAAUCUCCUCGACCCCUCGGAAACUCCCUCUACUCCUGGCACCAUCUCUCGUGCACCAGUAGUGUUCAAGCAAGCUACUGGCGGUGAUUCUCAACAACAUGAUGAUGCAGCUUCCAGAAAGCAGCAGAUAAGUGCUGCCUCUCUACGAUUUCAACCUACGAAAAGGCCCCAACUGCCUUCUCAGAAACUUAAAACAAAACCUGGAAUACCUAAACCACCUGUUAUUCCUGCUGCUGCUGCCCCAAGUCAAGGCACUGCUCCCACUCCAGCACCAAGCGCUGCUCGCCCUCCGGUAAAAAACACCCUUGCAGACUGGGCUGCGACGGCAGAUGAUGACGACGUGAAUGGGUUUUUUGGAGAAAAACGACAACGGGGUGGUCGGAAGAAACGGAAGAAGAACCGCGAGGCGGAGGUGCUUCAUAACUGGGACGAUAUCUAUGACCCUUCCCGCCCAAAUAACUAUGAUCAGUAUAAACACAGUGACGAGAAAAUUAGGGAAGUGAGAGAAUGGAAGGAUCGCCUAUAUGCCCACCGCAUCGCCAGAAGGGCUAGCAGCGAUAUGGAAAGUGAUGAUGAAUACCAAAACCAGCCCAUGAACAUGAAAUUUGCACCUCCAAAACAGUUUGCUCCACCCUCUAACCUCAAUGAUAUACCUCGCGAGCCCUCUCCGUCCAACUCACCCGCCACGGAGGCUACCCCCGUUCCAUGCGCUCCGCUCCCUGACGACCAGACCGGAGAGGAUGCUUUUGCACGACGCCUUCGAAUGAGUCAAAGCGCCGCCCCUGUAGCAAGUACAGUAAUUGAGCAACCCUCCUUCGCACCUCCUCCACCUCCACCUCCGCCUCAAGAUGAUAUCCCUCCAGAACCUACUACGGCCAAAGACGUAUACUCCGCAGCGACUAUUUCGCGUGCACCUGUUCGAUACACGUUACCACCUCCCCCAGAAGAUAUACCUGCAACUGAAGAGGAGCUCGAAGCUGCAUUCGCUGAAGAAACGGAGGAUGUGCCAAGUGAAGACGGCCCGCGCUCACUACGACCGGGCCAAAAAGGUUUCGCUGAAAGAUUGUUAGCAAAAUAUGGGUGGACCAAGGGAUCUGGCUUAGGUGCCAGUGGAACUGGAAUAGUUAAUGCGUUGCAAGUAAAGGUUGAAAAACAAAAGAAGAGACCGGACUCUGAAGGUGGGGGGUUCGUAACGCCAGCAGGACGGGGGAAGAUAAUCGGUGGACGUCAAGCGAAGCAGGAAGAGGAAGGCAAGUUUGGCGCCAUGAGCGAUGUUGUUGUAUUGCAUGGGAUGGUGGAUGGGAUGGACCUCGAUGCAGAACUAGAGGGCGGAGUGGAUGGAGGCCUGAUACAGGAAAUUGGCGAAGAAUGCGGUGAAAAGUAUGGGAGAGUUGAAAGGGUGUUUAUUGACCGAAACACCGAAGGUCAGGUGCCUGUUUUUGUGAAAUUCACCAACCAGCUGUCUGCAUUGAGGGCCGUGAAUGCCCUCGAGGGCCGCAUAUUUAAUGGAAACGCAAUUAUGGCCCGCUUUUUCAACUCUGAAAAGUUUGAGAAAGGGAUCUACAAGUGA